AUGGACCAAUUAUGGGUGAAGUGCACUUUGGAGCACUACGAUACUACGUCUGUGAAGAAGUUCGAUGGAUCUCUGUUCGUAGACACAAGCGACAACUCCUUCAAAAUUAUAUCUAGUAAUAAUAACAGAGGUACACAUAAGUUCUAUGCAAGCGAGUUUAACCGCUUAGGAAAACCGCCAAGUAAAAGUACGGCCAAACAGUUCGAUCUCGAAUUCAAUUUGUCAAAGCAGUUACCAGCGAAACAUCAUAUAAGAAAAAGAAAACUGGUAUUUCGAGUGGCGGAGUUUUCUCAACGGAUCAGAGAUGUUUACGACGAGUUGGCAAAAAUUUUCCCUAGAGGAGCAAGUGCCGAUCGAGAACCUUCGCGUAAAGUUACUUCUCCGGUAGGUAUGCUCCGUAGUCGUCCAGAAACAAGCAAACGAAGUCGACAGGAUGUAACAGGGCGACCACCGUCUUUUGUCACAGAAACGCCACAGCAGAACAAAACUACGAAGCCAGGCGGCACUCCUACCUCCAGCUCGAGACCGCGAAGCCGAACUAGUCAAAAAAGCUCACAAUCUAAUGUUGAAAAUCGCUUGAAGAGCCCAAACUCGGGAAUAGCCAGUCUGGUGGAAAAUCGCAAAGAGAUUGUAAGGGAUGAUGUCAUCGAAGAGCCAAGUACCUCGGCAAGAUUUUCGAGAGACGACUCUGAUGAGUUUUUCCAACACGCUACUCAAAAAACGCUGAAAUAUGAUGCAACGGAGAGGUCGAAAAACGCUACCACUAAGGAGAAGGCGACCUUGGCGGAAGAUGCUAUCACAAAAACAAGCAACUCUGAAUUGGGAACACAGGGCAGCGUAAUAGCGCUCAUGGAGAAG